CCAGACGCCUGCUUAAGAAACUCUCUCGCAUAAGCAAAGUCUACCGUCGAGACAGAGAUGGGGUCGAUGGUUGUUUCUGUGAGGCUCUGCAUUCUCAGCCUGAGCAUGCUUAUUCUAACCUCGUCCUACGCUCCUCACCAAGUUCAUGCACUGCUUUCUGUUCAACAAGCACAAGAAGCUCAUCUGCUUUCUCCCCUCAACUCGCCAAGAAAGCUCAGACUCUUCGAGCAGGUCACUAUCAAAGGACGUGACGAUGAAGUUUCUACGGCGGCACAAAGGCAGAAAGAAGAUAGAUCAGGUGGGGUUGGCGUCCACGGCAGCGAACCGUCGACGAUGCAUGGGAAGGACAAGAGAGGGACAUGGAGGGAAUGGGCGGAGGGGACCGACCCGACCCAAUAUUUUACCAUGGAUUAUUCCAACGUCCGAAGACGACGCCCGAUUCACAACAAGUCCUUGCCAGUCGGUCCGUGAGAAGCCUUUGCCCCCCUUGAUUUCUCGCCCUAGGAAAAAGGGUAUGUGUUUAUAUAUAUAGUCUCUCUCUUUUAGGACACUCGAAACCAAACGACCCCUCGUUCGCCCUACACAAUUUUGCGAAAGAAGGAAAGCCAUGUCCUUUUCUGCGAGUAGGGAAAUGAGGGGAAGUGUCUUGAACAUCUCUCUCGUGGCCGACAUCGACGAGCAAAACCCUAAGCCUUGGACCCC